UCAGGGGUAUGGAAGACCCCGUUUUGACUGGAGGACGGCCAUCUGUCAACAUUGUGACCAGCAAGGCCACACUAUAAGGUUCUUUAAUAUAAGACGGGAAGACGAGAGAAGCAGACUGAUUUCCUCCACUAUGGAUGGGAAUAUCUACGAUCAGUUUGGGGAGGCUAUUGACCGAAGGCUUGGAGGAGUGAGGGUUGAAGCCCAACGAAGAGCGGCAGUUGGGCCGCCACCCCCUGCCAUGUUCAGGCUAUGGCAGGAAAAGGAGGAACCACCGAUUGGGGUGGAAGAAGUAGGAAGCGAUGAGGAAGUGACUCAAGGGCUACGAGGAGAAAGUAAGACGGAAGAGGCCAUAAUCAUCGAGUCAGAUGACGAGGAUGAGGAGGAAAGAACGGAGCCUCCGUCCGUCUUAUUUGAGAAGAUGGAGAACUUGCUGGAUAAGAUGGGGAGGUACCAACAGAAGUUGGUGGGCCUAUGUGAGGAAGUGAAGGGAUGGAGGUCUAACAUCCCCACAGUAUUCCUCUAUGACUCCAGCCCGGAGUCAACGCCUGGGCGACCCGGAGUAAAUGUGGUGGGGUCGUGCCCACAAUCAGGAAUGAGGGGGAGACCCCUCACUCCGCAGGCCCGGUUGGCACAGGAAGCGCGAACGAGGAAUCAAGCCAAGGUCAGUGCCAGCCAAGAGCCUCCAAGGAGGGAACCCGAACCAGGGAGAAGGAAAGAGGCUGUGGAAGUUGAGGACGACGAUGAUGAAGAGGAAGAGGACGAGAGGCUGCGCAGAGAAGAGGAUCAGAGAGCGGAGCAGCGGGCAAGGAAAAAGGGAACCAGGGGAGAGGCCGAACCGGUCAUACAUGACGGACCGCCCAAAAAGAAGAAAUACGCGGUCCGGUUGGAAGAGGGAUUUGACGUAGAGAAGGUGAUUGAACGGCUGCAGGAAGGGCAUAAUGACCUCAUGACCCUGAAGGAAAUCCUAGCGUCAGCCCCGCGACUCCGCGCUGAACUGAAGGGGAGGUUAUCACGGCGCCUGGUGCCCAAUGUCCAUCUGGGUACGAUCCUUCCCAAGGAGGCAGAGUGGGCAGAGUCAGGUACGAAGAUGGACUGGAAGUGCGUAGCCUGCGGUACGGUGGAGUUGAUGGUGAAGGGUUCCAAGUGCGCAGCAAUGGUGGACACCGGGGCAGAGAUGAACAUUAUUCGGGAGGCGGACGCGAUCAGAUUCGGGCUGGAUAUAGACCGUUCUGACUACGGUAUUCUGCAUGGAGCCAGCUGUAAGGCCGUGUUUUGCGGGACAGCCUCGAAUGUGCUCGUCGAGGUUGGAAAGGUGAAGGUCAGGGCAUGCUUCUUCAUAAUGCCGGACGUGGACCAUGAAAUCCUCCUGGGGAGGUCAUUCUUAAGUAGGACAGAGACCAUGAUGUUCAACAAUCAUGAUGAGACGUUGAUCCUCCUCUUAUGCGAUCCUGCCUGCGGGAAUUAUGAAAUAAUUACUUGCAGGAACACCGGGCCAAGGAGUAUUAGGAACCGGCCCAAUCCAGGAUCAUUCACAAUCGAGGAGUCGGAAGGGGAGCGCAGGAGGCUCUGGGCAGAGCUCGAAGCAGGAGAGAGGGUGGAAGCAUUUUCCCUCAGCUUGCCAGAUGUUGGGAAGGCCAUGGACCUGGUGGCUGCGCAUGAGAUGGCAGAUCCGGAUGCCAUCCGGCCUUGAGGGAGCAAGUUCUGGAAUGCCCUGAGGCAGGAAGGCUGGAAUUGGUAUAUCGGCUCCCAGGCAGCGGAGGGAACCCCGCAUCAGCGCAAACACAAUCCG